CGUCACAGCUAAUGGCACUGAAAACAUGGCGAAAGUAAGUUUUCAGUCGGAUAAGACAAGUGUUAUUUUCGGUGAAGUAAUCAAGAUAUAGCCUAGAAAGCAGUUGGCGGGAUCUCGGAUAUUCAAAGACAUCCAGUUCAGCAUGUUGUAGGGGCACAAUGUUACAGCAAGUUAUAAUUCUUCAAGAUGGAAUAUUUUGUACUAUGUACACAAAAUUCAAGCCCAAAAGUUUAUCAUCAAAAGACUUCCAACCUAUGUCUCUGUGACUUGCAAAUGCAGUGAUAACUGAAUUAGCACUGACAGAACAUAAUAUGUUCACAAGUACUAAAGAAGUCUUGUAAAGUAUUCAAAAUGAGCACGCUAACCACUCAGUUGCCUCCCAUCAAGGUAGGUGGCCAGGUCACUCAGCAGGUCAUCAGACAUGUUCCAUCGCCACCAGCCAAAGGGUCUUCCUUAGGAAGUCCAUAUCAACGCAGCAGCAGAGGAAUUCAGAGACCUGAGGGUUCAUUUGUCAGAAGCCCUCCUUCUGAUCUAAAGAAAACAGCUAGCUCUGACAAGAUAGACACUUCAAGAUAUCGCAACACUUAUGAACACAAUCUGUGUCUGGACAUGUUGAAAGAAGGCUUCCAUCAGUCCUUCCAGGAGCUGUUUAACCUAAUGGAGAAACAGAAGCAGGAUAUACAAAGUUUAGGAAGAGAUUCUGGUCUUUCUGAUCAGCCUUUACUGGAGGAUGAACCUGAGAAACUCGACCAACUAAAGCAUCAUCUUACAACAGCAGAGGCUGCUGGGAGAAGGGGAAAAAUGGACCAGGUGUACCACAGCCUACUGGCCCUGGCACGAUUCUUCGAGGAGACAGAGGACUUCUGGCUUUCAGAUCACUUUUAUGGCUCAUGUUUGAAGACUAGUCUGAAGAUCAGGGGUGAUGGGAGAAGGAAGGAAUCAGAGGCUAACUGUAACAUGGGAUUGGCCUCUGAGAAAAGAGGGGAUCUGUUUAAAGCUGCAGAGUACUUAGAAUCAUUUUACAACUUGACCAAAGGGCGUCUAUGGCAGACAGACAAUGGAGAAAAUCUUCAUUCACUGUCUUGCGGUCACCUCAGAAGAGUGUACACAACAAUGGCAGAUGAGAUUAAGGAAGAUGAUUUGAUGAAGUCCAUAGAAUACCUCUUGAAAGCAUAUGGAAUGGCUAAAGAAAGUGGCGACAGUCAACAAGAAGGCUUAGCUGGGUAUCGACUGGGAAAUACUUAUGAGGAAAUUGGAGAUGCGGAGACUGCCAUUUUGUAUCAUAAUGGAUACUUGGAAAAAUGCCAGCAGAACUCUGAUGAUGUUGGAAUGGGGCGAGCUUGUCAAGCCUUGGCAAAGGCCUAUGAAAUGCAAGGAGAUGUGGAAAGUGCAAUGAAGUAUCUUGAGAUGUUUGUUGAACUGGCCGAUCGAUCUCAGGAGUUACCAGAACAACAGAAAGCUUGUACUAGUCUUGGCUCUAUAUAUAACUCUCUGGGUAAAUACGAAGAUGCUGUCCGCAUGUACAGAAGAGGCUUUGAGAUUGCUCAGGACCUUGCAGCAGUGGAAACCACAGAAACCACAAGAGUGGAAUAUGGAAUUGCUUUAGCCCACACACUUCUUGCACGCUACUCUCAAUGCAUGGAUCAAGUUGGCAAGAGUAACAUGCAGAGAUUGCUUGACUUCAAGAGUUCGAGGUGGGACACGUUUUCAGAAGAAUCAGCAGCUGAAGAAGGUGACGAGGGUAGUCAGCCCAGCAGUGCUGUGGGUUCGGGAGAAAACGGUGGCUCUGUCGAGGGGGAGGAAGAGAAGGAAAAUGUUAUCAUUGACCCAGCCCCUGAAGGGGAAGCCAAGGAUGAGCAACUUGAUGGCGGAACUGACUCAGGGGUAACAAGCGAGGGAGAGAAUGGUAAAGAUGGCCAGGUGGAAGGUCAGCAAGCAGAGUAAAGGCUUGACAAAACCAUUGAAAUUUUGCCAUGAUGAACAAUAAGUCACAUUACCGGUACAUGUACAUGUCAUUGAAGGAGGGUUUGAGUGUGUACAUGUACAUGCAGUUAUAAACACAGGAAAGUAUUUGGAAUAUGGUAGAUUAGCUGUGAACCUUAUGUAUGCAAAAAGAAACCAGCAAUGGAAGUGAUGGCAACACCUUAUUGUACAUGUGACUGUCCAUUAGGCUCUUUGAGACUGGUUAAGUUAUCAAGACGUGUUGAUGUAAUUUAAAGGUUACAGGACUUGUACAUAGUUUGUGAUCAAAGCCAUCAAGGUAGCAUUUUCUUAUCCUUGAUGAAUGUUAGUAACAUGUAAGCAUGUUUUACUCUGCUAUCAUGUUUUGGUGUUUUAAUAUUAGUGUCUGGUUAUAAAUACAAAGUUAACCAAAAUAUAAUUCAUUUAUGCUUUUAAGCCACAUAUUGUACAAACUUAAGGUGAAAACCUUCAUCAUCAUAUUGAUGACACAAUGAUGGACAUAUGGUUACGAUGUAGAAAUGUAAAUUAAAAGAACUACCCAUUCAUUCUUUCAUUUUGUGCAGAGAAAUGUCUUCAUGUACGAUGUUGUAUUUGUUUUACAAAUUUUGCCAUGCAAUUACAAUUUGUUGUUUU